GGUAAUUCUUCAAAAUGGUCGCUGUGUAUGGUUUGCCAACUUGCAUGUCUGUGUUUCAGAGUUCUUUGUUUUCAUAAUACUUUUGAUACUGUAUCAUUUACAAAUAACUGCAAUACAAUAUUGAUGUGAUUCGGUAUUAAUGAAUUCGAGUGACCCGUGACUGGUUACUAAUGUGCACGAACAUAGAUGUCAUCGCUAAUGUGAGAGUUCUCUGCUAUAAUUUUUAUUUUACGGGAUUAUGACGUUUAUGAUUCUUAUUCGGAUAAUUUGGAUUUGAAGACACUAAAAGGUAUCAGGACCACAAACAAUCAUAAAAACAGCAAGUCAACAAACAGUAUGAUAAUCAAACAUAAAAAGUGAAAAUAAGUGGUAAACUACAAACUGAGUGAACUGUUUGACUCCACACAUAAAGUGUUGAAUUGUAAAUGUAUGUGCGGAGUGUAAUGUUUGGUGAGUGGUGGCGGUGGUGCGUGGAGGUGUGAUGGGCGGCGCGGGGUGAGCUGACGCUCGCGCGGGCGCCAUGAACCCGGCGGCGCCCGGCAACUCCGGCAAGACGGCCACGCGCUCCUCCGGGUACCACCAGAAGGCGCUUGCCGAGAUCCGCAACUCAUUGCUCCCGUUCGCUAACAUCGGGAGCUCGGAGCCCCCUGGCUCCUCUGCUGCAAGCACUGUCAGCUCCGGAGUGAGUUCUGGCUUCAGCUCCUCUUCGGGCAAUGGCCUGGAUAAGGAUCUCAAUGUGCUACCACAAUCAUUAAACCAAUUAAUUGCUCUGGGAUACGAUGAGGAUCCUGCAGUCAGAGCACUCAAGUAUGGGGGCGGGCGGCUGGAGGCGGCGCUGGACUACCUGUCCAAGCAGGGGGAGGGGAUGAACGGCAUGAAGGGCGGCGCCAUGGCGCUGGGCAGCAAGCUCAUCCGCAAGCCGAGCCUGGAGCGCGAGCUGGCGGCGCACCGCGGCUCGCCCGCGCUGGACUCGGGCGCCGGCUCCUCGCGCUCCGACAGCCCGCGCCAGGACCACCACGACAAGCUGUCGCGCCAGUACUCGCCCUCGGCCUUCGCGGAGCCGCCGCCGCCGCCGCCGCCGCGCUGCCCCUCCACGCCCCCCGUGCCGCCCUCCGUGCAGCAGCUCAUGAAGCGCAUGUCCCCCGCGCCGCCGCUGCCCCCCGCGCGCGGCACCUCCCCCGUGCACGCGCCCCCCGCGCCCCCCGCGCGGCCCAUGAUCGUGCAGAACAACCCGCAGGUGCAGCAGCAGCUGUCGCAGCAGAUGCAGGCGCUGUCGCUGUACCAGGGCGGCGCCGAGCUGCCCCCGCCCUACCCGCUGGCGGGCGUGCCGCCGCCGCCCUCCUACUCCGUGUCCAUGCAGCACCGGCAGAGCCCCACGUCGCAGGACUACCGCAAGAGCCCCUCGUCCGGCGUGUACUCGGGCGCGUCGGGCGGCUCCCCGUCCCCCGCGCCCGCGCCCGCCCCCGCGCGCCCCGCGCCGCUGCAGGCGUGGACCGCGCGCCAGGCUGUGCAGCCGCCCAUCAUCAUGCAGUCCGUGAAGAGCACGCAGGUGCAGAAGCCGGUGCUGCAGACGGCCAUCGCGCCGCCCGCGCCCGCGCCCGCGCCGCCGCAGCCGCCGCCGCCGUCCUACGCGAGCUCCAUCCAGCAGAAGGCGGCGGCGGCCACGCCCCCGAGCUACCCCGCGGCGCCCAAGCCGCCCUCGCCCGGCGCCGCGCCCGCCAGCGAGCCGCCCAGCUACGCCAUCACCAUGCAGGCGCUGGCGGCGCAGCGCGCGCUGCCGCCCGCCCCGCCGCCCUACGCCUCGCAGGACCCGCCCGAGGGCAAGUGCCCCAACCAGAACUGCUCCAACAAGCUUGGCGUGGCGUCCGGCUCGGACAAGCGGCCGGCGCCGCCCGCCCCGGCCGCGCCCGCCCCCGCCGCGCCGCCCAAGAAGAUCCGCCACCAGUCGCCCAUCCCCGAGCGGCGCACCAUCAGCAAGGAGCAGGAGGACGCGCGCCGCGACUGCAAGGUGCGCAACUACUCGCCGCAGGCCUUCAAGUUCUUCAUGGAGCAGCACGUCGAGAACAUCCUCAAGUCGUACAAGCAGCGCAUGUUCCGCCGCAUGCAGCUCGAGAAGGAGAUGACGAAGAUCGGGUUGAGCGCGGAGGCGCAGUGCCAGAUGCGCAAGAUGCUCUCCCAGAAGGAGUCCAACUACAUCCGGCUGAAGCGGGCCAAGAUGGACAAGUCCAUGUUCACGAAGAUCAAGCCGAUCGGCGUCGGCGCGUUCGGCGAGGUGACGCUCGUGCGCAAGAUCGACACGAGCCACCUCUACGCCAUGAAGACGCUGCGCAAGGCCGACGUGCUGAAGCGCAACCAGGUGGCGCACGUGAAGGCCGAGCGGGACAUCCUCGCCGAGGCCGACAACGAGUGGGUCGUCAAGCUCUACUACAGCUUCCAGGACAAGGACAACCUCUACUUCGUCAUGGACUACAUCCCGGGCGGAGACCUCAUGUCUCUACUCAUCAAACUAGGAAUCUUCGAGGAGGGACUCGCGAGGUUCUACAUCGCGGAGCUCACGUGUGCGGUGGAAAGUGUACACAAAAUGGGCUUUAUUCAUAGGGAUAUCAAGCCGGACAAUAUUCUCAUAGAUCGCGACGGACAUAUAAAGCUCACUGACUUCGGACUGUGUACGGGGUUCAGGUGGACGCACAACUCGAAAUACUAUCAAAGAAAUGACCACGGACGGCAAGACUCCAUGGACCCAGUCGACGGCGAGUGGGGCGCGAUGGGCGAGUGCCGCUGCCACCAGCUCAAGCCUCUGGAGCGGCGACGCAAGCGCGAACACCAGCGUUGUCUGGCCCACUCUCUAGUCGGCACACCAAACUACAUCGCCCCCGAAGUGCUUACCAGGACUGGGUACACGCAGCUCUGUGAUUGGUGGUCGGUGGGAGUGAUUCUGUAUGAGAUGCUGGUCGGGUCGCCGCCGUUUCUGGCUAACACGCCCGCGGAGACGCAGCUUAAGGUGAUAAACUGGGAGAGCACGCUGCACAUCCCGGACGCGGCGAACCUGUCGCGCGAGUCGAAGGACCUGAUCCUGCAGCUGUGCUCCGGCCAGGACACGCGCCUCGGCAAGGACGCCUCCGAGGUGAAGGCGCACCCCUUCCUGCAGGCCAUCGACUUCGACAAGGGCCUGCGCCGCCAGGUCGCCCCGCACAUACCGCACAUUGAGUACCCCACCGACACCUCCAACUUCGACCCCAUAGACCCCGACAAACUACGCAACUCCAGCUCAGACUCUAACAAAUCGGAUAGUGAGUUACUGGAUAAUGGGAAGACGUUCCAUGGGUUCUUCGAGUUCACGUUUCGGCGGUUUUUUGAUGACGGCGGCCCUGGGUACACCAACAAGAUCAACCUAGACGACAGCGACGGGCCCGGCCCCGUGUACGUCUAGAACCGCAGAGCCGCCCGAACUCUCUCUCAAACAGUGUGUGCCAAGACUUUCUCUCUAUUAAAAUGCUAGUUUUGCUACACGUAACGAAUUGUAACGUAUUUAAAAGUGUCUUAUUAAUUAAUACCGUAUUGUUAAUAAUCCCGGUGAUAAUGUUGUAAUAUUUUAUCGUUAUGUAUUUUGUAAGAGUAAUCGUAUGCUGUAAUAUAUUUAAUGGAUGGAUCGCAGUUGGUGGACGCGCCCGGUGCCAGCGGAGAGGCCCUGCCUGUCCGUAUUUAUUAACAAAGGACGGUAAAUUAAUUUAGUUAAAUGUGAGCUAACUUAGGUAUUGCGGUAUCGGCAGGCAGGUUUAGUAAAUAAGGCGUCCUCUUAAUGUUUCUACAUUGUGUCGCUGUUCCAUUCAAUGUAUACUAUUUUUGUAACUAGAGAAAUUAUUUAUGAGAUAAGAACAAGCAUACUGGAUUUAGCGAAUGAUUGAUAUCGUCACUAUAUUUUCUUACGUAUUUAUAUUGGUAGGCCGCUUAAUUAUUGUGUGUUUGUUUAUAUAAUUAUAGAUAGGAUAUAACUUGUAAAGUAUCAAGCGCUGAAAACAAACCGUUUUUGUAAAUCGGCACGCAUCGUAGUCUGUAACUGUGAAGUGCUUCCUAUCUCGAAGCUGUAGCUCAUUGUGUGUGCCUUACAUGAAAAUGUGAUCUUUUAUACACGUGACUUUUUGUACCGGUAGGGAUUUAAAAAAUAAAACAAUUGCAACCACGUUUUUUAGAUUUCAAGAUUGUGUUGUAGAUGAGUGCAAUAUAUAUUUAUUUAAAUUAACAGUCGCAGAUACACUCUUGAUAUGUAUGAAACAUAUUUUUUAUAUUGACUAGACAUUGCGCUGCAUGUUGUAAUAGCUGCCCAGCUGUGUAGUUUCAAAAGAACAUGUUUCAUGUUCAUAUUAUAGUAUUUUUUGUUUUCACUAACAUUUUGCCCAUUAUUUAAACUUAGUUGCAAAUAUACCUAUAGCUACAUUUUGAACAAAAAUUUAGGUGUGAUUAUUAUAAGAGUAAAAUAUAAUAUCAUAUAGGCCUGGCCUAACAGUACUGUACAUUAUGAUAAAUGAGUCACUUCACAACUUAAAUUAUGUGUUAUUGAAUGUAAAUUGUUUUAAUUACUCUGACAUGAAACAUGCUUAUAAGAAGUAAACGAAAAUACGGGAA